AUGGCCUCUAGAAAUCACAGCGUGAUCACUGAGUUUACCCUGCUGGGACUGUCAUCUGAUCCCAAUAUCCAGCCUCUGCUCUUUGUCUUGUUCCUGAUGAUUUACCUCCAGACACUGCUGGGCAACCUGGUGCUGCUGCUGGUGAUCUGCUCCGAUGGCCGUCUGCACACACCCAUGUACUUCUUCCUGAGUCACCUCUCUUUCCUGGAUCUCUGUUUCUCUUCUGCCACAGUGCCCAAGAUGCUACAGAAUCUCCUGUCUCAGAGGAAAACCAUCUCCGUCAAGGGCUGCCUGGCUCAGGUCUUCUUUGUGUUUGAAACUGGGGGCACCGAAGCCUCCCUUCUGUCAGCGAUGGCCUAUGACCGCUAUGUCGCCAUCUGUCACCCUCUGCUCUAUGGCCAGAAGAUGACCAGCACUCAUUGUCAAGGGCUGGCAUGGGGCUCCUGGGGGCUGGGGAUUCUCGAUGCACUUGUUAAUAUCCUACUAGCCUUGAGAUUGGACUUCUGUAAGGAUCAGUCUAUCCCACACUACAGCUGUGAGCUGCCCUCUCUCUUCCUUCUGUCCUGCUCUGAGGUCACCAUCAACUUGACAGUUCUGCUGUGUUCUGGCCUCCUGCACGGGUUUGUGACCUGUGUUCUCAUAGUGUUUUCCUACACUCUCAUCAUCUCUGCCAUCCUGGGUAUCAGCUCCUCUUCGGGCAGAAGCAAGGCCUUCUCCACCUGCUCCUCCCACCUCACUGCGGUACUCCUCUUUUACGGCUCAGCUUUCCUUCGCUACUUCCUGCCAGCCUCUGGGUCCCCACUGGAGAUGAUCACCUCUGUACAGUACAGUGUGAUCACUCCCCUAGUGAAUCCCCUCAUCUACAGCUUGAAGAACGAUGAGGUGAAAGCAGCCGUCAGAAGGACCUUCAGAAAGUAUCUCUGA